GGAGGCUGAGUAGCCUGGCUCUGGGUUGUCUGGGAUCUGUGCUUUUAUUUUGCUCUCUUAAAUCUCUUCAUCCUCUCUUGCAAUCAAUCUUCCUCCAGAAGAGAGCCCAGUGCCUUGAAAUCGCUCUGAGCCUGUUGCUGCUCACACCAGCCGCUUCCCAGAGAUUUAAUCCCGGUUGCAGCUCCCUGCCUGGCUGGCGGCAGGAGCCCGGCUGCCCUUGCUUUGGCACCUCACCGGUCGAGUUGUCCCCAGCUCAAUGGGGACAACAUCUCCGCGGUGCGUUUCACGCCUCCAGCCCGGGCAGAGGAGCUGGGGUCCCUCUCCGGGACAGCACGGAGCUGCAGCUUAAAGCGGCAGCUGGAGCGGGACCGGGACACCCAUGGCCCCCGCAGCACCCCUGCUGCCCCCCGGGGACGGCACCCCCAGCACCCCCAGCCCCCUCCCGAUGCCGCUCCGGGGGACACAUGGAGGGGGGCUCUCCUGCUGAGACACGGCGGGUGCCGCGGCCCCCCAGGCAGCACGGCCAGAGCGGCGGCCGGAGCCCUGCCCUGCCGGAGCCCCCUGAUCGCCCCCGUGGCCCCCACGCCGUCCUGGAGAGCAAGGUGAAGGCACUGAAGGAGAAGCGGGGGAGCAGUCGGUCAGGGACCCCCGCAGCCCCCCCUGAGCGCCCCUCACCCAAGAAGUCCCGGCCGCGGCGGGGGAAGCCGGGGGCAGAUGCAGCGGCGGUGGAGCCACGGGCUCAGCUCCGCACCUACCUGACGGAUGGGCUGCUGGAUGGCGGGGAGCCCGUGGCCGGUGGCCCCCCAGCCCCGGCACCCCGCACUGGUACCCCGGGGCUCUGGCGGGUGCCGUCACCCAGGGGAGAUGUGCCAGGAGGCACUGAGCUCCCCCGGGACAAGGGCAGCGGGUCCCGGGGCUCUGCCUCCCCCCAUGAGAGACCUCCCCUGGAAGAAGAGGCACGAACCCUGCCAAGGGACCAGGAGGGUCCCUCCGUGUCCCCCACCGUGGCAGAGGGCUGGGAGAGCCUCUCGCUGGCCGAACGGGUGGAGAGGAACCGGCGGCUGCUGCAGGAGGUGCUGGGCCUCGCCGCUCCCGAGGUGCCAGCCAGUGACGGGGACUGGGACUCGGGGGUCUCGCUGCAGGACACCGAGGGCUGCAGGGCCUUUGUCCCCGGGCAGGAGCUCGAGCUGAGCCCGCGGCAUGAGCAGGCCAAGCAGCUGCUGCAACGCGCCCGCAUGAAGGCUCGGACGAACCCCCUGCGCGCCAGCCACGACAUCCUCCUCCUCCCCGCGGCCACCGCCAUCCCGCACCCCAGGGAGCCAGGCGGGAGGCCGAGCAUCGCCCCGCGGGACGGCGGGAGCCUGAGCGACUCGUCGAGUGGGGACUCGAGCUGCGGGCAGCCGCGGCGGCCGCGGGGACCAUCCCCGUCCCGCGUCCGCUUCGAGGAUGAGUCGGCCCGCGACGCCGAGGUGCGGUACCUGGAGCGGCUGCAGCUGCGGCACCGGCGGGCGCUGGGCUCGGCGCUGGGCUCGCUGGAGCCGGCCAGGGGCAGGCAGCCAGGGGACGGGGCUGGACAGCCCAAAGCCCAGAGCGGCGACCUCGUGGCAGGCGGCAAGUGCAGCGCCUGCGGCUCCUUCCUGGGUGCUGCUGGCGGCCAGGGCACAGACACACCGGUGGCCACCACUGUGGCCGAAAGCAGCCCUGCGGCACAAGGAAGCGUCCCAGGGGACAGCGGGGGGCCGAGUGCUGCCCGGCUGGAACCCAAAACCAGGGCUCUGGGCCCCCGGGGGUCCCCACUGUGGAUCCUCCCCUCCCGGCAGCACAUCCACACCGAGAAGAUCAAGGAGACGUACAUCGGGGACGUCACUUACAUCGACGAGGUGGACUCAGCCCUGGAGAGCACCGACACCUCCGACGGCUGCCGGACAGACAGCGAGGAGGGAGGACCCCACAGCCCCCACCUGCGGGGGCACCGGGACCCCCGGCUUCACGGGCACAGGGCCCCCUGUGCCCCCCCGCAGCUGGAGGCGAGGGCCGGGAAAGGGGCAAGUGCAGCCAGCGGUGACCCCCGUGCGGGGGAUGGGGGCUCUGGUGGUGCCACGAGCCGGACGGGGGCUGUUUGCCCCCCACUGCCAGGGAGAGCCGGUAGCCAGGAGGACGGGGAUCCCCCCCAGCAGCCCACGGGAAGCAAGGGGGUGGGAAACGCCACUCGUACCCCACAGCAGCCCAGUGAGCCCCUGGACCCCUCCUCGCAGCUGGGGGCCGGCACCCCCACGUCGGGCAUCCACCUCCCCGCUCCCCCUCCCACCAAAAAGGCCUGCUCCCAGGUGCCUUGCAGGAAAGCCCUCUUCUCCAGUGGCAGCCGCCGGGCGUCGAGCCAAGGAAGCCGGGGCCCAGAGCGGGAUGCUGGGAGCGCUGCGCCCUGCCAGCCCGGGGGCACGGUGGGGCCGGGGGAGCGGCGGGGUCCCUGCAGCCCCAGGUGGCUCCCAGGGAGCCCCCUCCGUGCCUUGUCCACCAACAACUGCAACAACACCCACGGGCCAGACCCCCCAGGCACAGGCAGAGGGGCACCGUCACAGUCCAUCACCAGCCCCAUCGCCCUUACGCCCCAGGAGGCUGCUCGUCCCCCGGGGGGAGCUGCCAGGACGCCCGGAGUGCAGCAGCAGCCGCAGCCAGCCGGGAGUGCAGCACGCGGGCACGUGGUAGAUGGCCGUCAUCCCUCUCCAUCCAGGGAGCCGGGGCGGCCAGCGAGCCGCAAGGGCAGCAGUGCUUCGGCGUCGGGGCUGAAGAAGCUCCUGUGCAGCCUGAGCCAAAGCACCAAGCAGCGCCUGGGCCGCUUCCGCUGCUACAGCAUGGAGCAGCUCCCGGCCCCCAGCAGCGUCCCCCAGGAUGGCCCCGGCGUGAAGAAGUCACCCUCCCUGCAGUCCCUGCAGCUGGUGUCACCCUUCUGCCAGCCCCAAAAAGCUGCCUCUGUCCAGAGCCUGCACCCCCUCCUGGGCAAGGCACCCCGCGCCAGCGCCUACCUCCUGCCCCAGCCUGCGGCCGACAGGAAGGGGGGCUCGGGGCCGCGGCGCUCGCUGAGUGUGGAGGACAUCGGGGCGCCUGGGCGGCUGCACGCGGUGGGGCGUGUGGUCGAGGUCUUCCCCGACGGCACCAGCCAGCUGGAGCUGCAGCGACCCCCCCAUGGCGCCUUCGGGUUUUGUGUCACCUCCGGGCACGGCCGGCCUGACACAGGUGUCUACGUGCAGGAGAUGGCGGACGCCGGCACGGCCAAGCUGUACGCGGGGCUGCUGGGCGUGGGGGACGAGAUCCUGCAGGUCAACGGGGCGGCCGUCUCGGGGCUGGGGCUGGCCCGCAUCCGUGAGCUGCUGCUCCAGGCGGACACCCUGUCCCUCCGCGUGCUCAGGCACCGGCCGGCACGCCGGUAGCCCCUGCACGGCUCCCGGGAAGCCUGGCGGGAGGAGGAUGACAUCCCACCGACAUGCCCCGAUGCUGCAGGACAGCACGGCGUGGAGCAAGCUGCCCCGCGGUGCCACGAUCUGCGCGGCUCCGGUGCAACACUCGGCUCCCCGUUGCGGGGUGGGGGGCAGGCGGGUUUCCUGGCCCCCCCAGGAGACAGAGUGGGAUCAAGGACCCCCAAGACCGUGUCCAGUGUCUCCAGGAGCUGCCCCAAGUGUGAGAACAGCCCCAGCCCUGCCAUGGAGCCAGGGUGGGUCUGUCCUGCUGGGCACUGAGGUGGGAAUGUCCCAUCCCUGUGACCCCAGGAGAUGUAGGGCUCCCUUGCCUGCAGGGGUGGUGGGCUUCUUUUAAAUUAUUUCAAACAGGAUUAAAAAAAAAAAAAAAAAAGUAAUGCCGAAACAGGGUGCCUUUGGUUUGUGGGUGGCACGGAGGGGCUGGGGUGAUGCUUGCUGGCAUGGGCUGGCCAAGGGAACAGGACAUGCCCCAGCCCCGGGGUCACGGGGCUGCCGGUGGGUGCAGGAGCUGCAGCCAGGUCUGGGAGCUGGGAAGCGUGUGGGUGCCUUCGCAUGGGGCUGAGCCAGCCCCCCACCCCCCCGAAGUUUAACCCCAGUGGGCAGCUUGUAGGCGCCCUGGCUGUGGGGCGCCAUGGUGUGCAGCCUGCGGACACUGUCACCUGAGGGCAGGAGUCUUUGGGGCCCAAGGAC